AUUCUCAUAUCAUGCUGCAUAGAUGUGGAACUUGGUGAUUUAGCCGACGUUGUGGUGCUCGGUGUGGGUUGGUUUUCUCUAAUUUUAAGUGAAUUUACUCGCAAUCCCAUCCUUCCGGAAUCACUUAAAUCCUGUCGCGAGGAUAUAUAUCGUGUCACUGAAGUGUGUGCGUGCAACUGUGCGUGACCCGGUGGUGUGUGCUUGUGUGGAAGAGGGCGUACAAGAGAGGAAAAACUCCACGACUUCAGAUUACGUAGUUUAGUGCAUUCCCCAAGAAAUUCCAAAGGUGCCAGAAAACAAAACCCCGUAGCGCGAGAGAAAUCUCUUCGCUACUCUCGAUAUUCGGUCACUGUGGGGGCUACGGAGAUUCUCCCAGUGCGUGACUGUGGGGCAACACAGAGAAGUUUCCUUUCUUUUUUAUCUUGGUCAGAGGAGGUGAAUUUUUGGGGGCGCACCGAGGAGAGGAAGGAAAGGCACCACGGCAGCCAAGGAGGAGGCCCUGAGGCCGUCCACUCGCAAUGGAGACCAUGGAGUAUGAGUUGGCGAGGAAUUUGACAUUGCUCUUCUUCCUCGAGCGCCUCCUGGACAAGGGGGAGCCUCGUACGCUCCACGAUCUCUCUUGCCAGUUUGGGGCCAAGGGAUUUACGCGGGAGAUGCGUCAGAUUGCUGGAGGGAGUCAAUCAGGUUUGAAGAAAUUCCUCGCCAGCUACCCAGCCCUCUUCUACAUAAAUGGAGACUACGUACAUGUCAACACCUACCUGUCGGCGUCCCCAGAUGACCCCAGUGGCGCUACAGGUGGUCGCCGGGACUACACGCAGGAAGCGAAGGAGUACUUCAAGAAUAAACUCCUUAUGUACGGGUUGGGCACGGAAGUUCCCAUACGCAGUCUCCUUGGGCACCGGAGUCAGGCAUCGCCACAAGUGCGACACAUCUCGGGGCAGCACAUUAAGGAAUUCACGGACUUCCUCAGCAAGCAUCCGGACACAUUCACCGUGAUCGAUGAGCACGUGAUGCUCGUGGAAACGGACGAUCUCAAGGAUAUUCCUGUUGGUGAGCGCCUCCAUCUGCCGCAGCCCUCAAUCGAUACGAUUGCCACGCAACAGUUGCUCGACUUUUUUGCUCACUGGAUCGAAAACAAAGGGCCAAUUCUCGUUGAUCAGCUCUUCCACAUUGUAACUUCCAAGUUUCCCGAGGAAAUGUGGCUACGGAUGUUCAAGACACCGAGUGAUUUGUCCACAUUCCUGAAACUCUUCUCAGAUUGCUUCCACAUUCAAUCGAAUCUAGUCACUUUACUGCAGAAACCACGACUGUCGGAUGCACAUAUACAGCAAGCUCAGGCUCGGGCACGGGAUCAAUUUAAUAAUAAUCCAACGAUGAGGACAUUAUCGCCACAGAUGAGACUCCAAAAUAAUAAUAAUUUGAUGCAAACAAUUGGGGAUUUUAAGCUAAAUGAACCUGUGACGAGUACGAGUAGCAAUUCACCGACUGUGAGCAAUAAGAGUGAACCAAAUAGUGGGUUUGAAAGUCUUGUCCACGACAAUGAUGCCAAAUUGGACAAUCUCUGCGAUAGGAAUUGUCCGAGUGGGUCCAUUGGGUCAUACUAUACGCGUUCUUCCACCCCGCCGACCAUUCCAGCGCACCAAAAUCCAUCGGUUCAGCAGGUGCAGGUCGCCCAGCAACCGGUGGAGAAGACUCCAGCAAAGAAUCAAACACUAAAGCAACGGAUCAAUAGUUUAGUGAUUAAGACACUUGCGGAGAAUUUGGAGAAGGAUAAGCAAGCAAUGAGUGCCCUUCAGGCGGGAAAUGCCGCAAAUAUGGGCGAUGGAAAGGCGCAAAAUACAAAUUCAGCCCAUAUGAAUAAUUACUUUGUCGGUGACACGUGGAAGAUAAAGGUGUUGCAGAAUACACGUGUUAUUGCGACAAUAAAGGAGUGCCUCUUUGUCACGGAGGCCAUUCUCAAAUCUGCCGCAAAUGAUCAGGUUGUCAUUAGUUUUGACUGCGAAGGUAUCAAUUUGGGGGCAAAGGGGCAGCUGACACUCGUUGAGAUUGGCACAACACGUGGGGAGGCGUUCAUCUUUGACAUACUCACAUGCCCGGAAAUGGUAUCAGAUGGGGGUUUGAAGACACUCCUCGAGAGUGAGAAUGUCAUCAAAAUCAUCCACGAUUGCCGCAAUGAUUCCAUCAAUUUAUUCAAUCAAUUUGGCAUCCUCAUGCGCAAUGUCUUCGAUACGCAAUCCGCUCAUGCGAUAUUGCAGCUACAGAAUCACGGGAAGCAAGUGUACAAGGUGAAGAAUGUGUCCCUGAAUACGCUGUGUGAGAUGUACGGUGCCCCCAUAAAUCCCAUGAAGGAUCAACUCAAGAAUGUCUACCGGAGAGAUCAAAAAUAUUGGGCGAGGAGACCACUCUCGCGCGAUAUGCUCCUCUAUGCUGCCGGUGAUGUUCUCGUGUUGAUCAAUGAGCAACUCUAUGCAGCCAUGGCCAGUGCCAUAUUGCCGGAAUAUCGUGGAUUAUUGUCGGAAUUGUGUACAGAACAGAUACUAAUGCUAAUCCGUCCAAUUGAGGUGAAAAUGAGGAAAAAGCAGCGAAAAAUUAGCACUGAAGUGGCUGAUUUGCGUGCUAAACUAUCACAAUCGAGCAAUAAGAAUAUAGUUCUAAGUAAUCGAGAAAUUCGUCUCUUGCGCUAUUUGGAUUUGACUGAGGAGGAAAAGGAGAAACUCAAGGGAUCCUACAAAGUGGCCAAGAAGCUGGAGAAGUUGGAGAAUUUGGGUCAAGACCGAGACCAAAGUGAUUCGGAGGAUGAUGGAGAAGUGGCUGAGCAUGAAUAUGCAAGCCUCGAUAGUGUUCCAUCGGAUAAUUCCUUACCCGGUGCUGGGACAUUCUCACCGAGAAAUUCCGAACCGCCAAGUCUUACGGAAUCCAUGCAGCUUAUGGAUGAAAUUCUAUCGGACACAACAAUGGAUCGAAUGGCUAAAAUUGAUAAAUUAGAGGCUAUCCUCUCAACAGCUACCCUUCUUCCAAAUGAUCCAGUCUUCUCUCAAACACCUGAUCAAAUUCUCUCAGCCACAAGUGCUAUUUUAAACGCAAACAACGAACACAAUCUCAAGCAUCAAUCAUAUCGCGAUGGAGAACAUAAAAGCUCUGGAAAGUGCUGCCAGUGUUUGUGUCACGAUAGAGGAUCAAAUCGUGGUUCUGUAAAUAAUUCAGGGAAUCGUCAGAAGUUGGUGAUGAAGCAAGAUGAGGCGUGUCAAACACUCAGUACCGGUGAUAUUGUGAUAACGAAGAUAUUCUUCAAGGAGGACCAAGAGAAGGCACAGGAGAAGAUUCUCACAUCAACGCCCAAGAAGGUUGCUAAUUGAGAUCGUCGUUUGCCGCGUAAUCCCGUUGGUAAGCGAUAGAAUAGUUUACUUUUUGUUGUUCUAAAAUGCCCCACAAAGAGAACUUUUAGUCCCAAACUGCCCCGAGACGAGUCACUGAACAUAUGAGGGAGAAAGAAAACCCAUUGAAGGGUUUGUGAAAUAUCGCUGCGUAGUAUUUUUGAUGAAUUCUGAAAAUAGCUUACAGUCAGUGGUAGGAAAAAAAAAGUGAAAUGAAAGUGAAAAAUCAUUAGAACAUUUUCCCUGUCAAUUGCAAUAUAUAAGUAGUGAAAAUUGUAUUAUAGUAGACGCAAAGAAAAGGAGAAGGAUAAAAGUGAGACAAAAUUAUUGAAUUAUUUUUGAUUGGACCAAUUUUUUUUACAUGCAAUAAUUAUUUGUAAAAAAAAAAGUAAAAGAAAAAUUUAUAUAAAAGAAAUCAUUGAUGAAUACAUAGUUCUUCUAUUUAUAGAAUAAUUAUUAAUUUUGAAUUAUUUACAAAUUUUUCAUUCUUGUUCAAUUUAUUAUACAAAAAAAUGAAAUUUAUCUGUGACCAUCUCAAUACAUCACUAAACAUUAUCUAGUGCCUUUCUAACUAUAUUUAAAUUUAAAACAAGAAUCAAAAGUUGAAGAAAUAUUUAGAAUUAUUAUACAGAUACACCAAUCAUUGAUGAAGAAGUUAAAAUGAAAUGAUUUAUUCUCUUUACUGAUACGUUUACAGAGAACUUUAUAAUUAUUAGAAAACAAGUACUAUCUAUAUAUUUCCUAAAAUCUGGAUAAAUGAGUCAAUUUUUCGAUUUGCGAUACACAAAAUGCGGGUUUAAUAGGGCGUUAUACUAAUAUACGUACUAUAUAAAGUUUCGAAGAAGAAAGAGAAAGUUUAAUAAAAUAAUUAUUUAUUAUUAAGUUAAUUCCCCCCGAAAAUUAUUUUGUGUAUUAAGCAAUCGUUUCCAAUAUUUGGCUUUUCGAUGGAGCUUUACUAAUUUAUCUCGUAAUAUAUUAUUAUAUAUGUUUUAAAACAAAUGGGACAAGAAUAAGGUGGAAUUGUAUAUAAAAUAAAGUUUUUUUUUCUCCUCUAUAUUUUACCCAAAAGUAAUACAUCUUUCAAAAGAACAAUUGAUUUAUAAAUAUUUAUUGUUAAUCUAUAUUUUGUACAUAAUAGUUGCCAUAAAGUGAAGGAAAAUCCUAAAUAAAAAAUUUCUUAUGAAUUGAAUGGCAAACAAGAUUAGAAAAAAAGCAAAAGAAAAAAAAAACUUAUGAGAAAAAAAACGCAAUAAUACCCUUUUUUCAAUAGAUGAUGAAACAUUGUAGGAAUACUAAACAAAAAAAAAGUUAACAUUUUAUUAACAAUAUACAACAAGACGAUGAGGUUGGAAUAACAAAUAUAUCUUUUACUGAGAAGACGAAGAUGGGAUGAAAAAAAAAAGUGUAGGCAAGUAGUUUUUGGCUUAAAAUUGUAGGUGUUGAACAAAAAUCAAGCAAUGAAUUGAAAGAGAAAAAAAACCUGAGACUAAAUAAUUGCUCAUACAUAUCUCAUUAAGAUAUGAACAUUUUUGAUGAUGGGGAAUAUAAUACAAAUCGAUAACAAAAAAAAUUGAGAAAACAUUUUAAUAGGGAAGAAGAAAUACUAAUGAUUUUUUUAUUAAACGAAAAAACUAUCAAUAUUGUAAUAUUGAAAUAUUAUAAAAAUUAUUUCCUAAAUA